UACAAGCAGCUGUCAGUGUAAAUUGGCGUGUGUUUUUCUUUAUCGGCUUUUUAGGAUUUUUGUAAACUUUUAUUGGUUUAUUUUAUAAAAAUCAGUUAAAGCGGUUGUUUGUUAUUCAUUUUAUAAGUUAUUUUGUUUUGUUGUUAAAAGUAUUUACACUAAAAAUAAACUAUGGAUGUAGCUGAUGCUAAUAUUGGUCAACUGCGUGUUAAAGAUGAAGUGGGCAUAAGAUGUCAAAAGUUAUUUCAGGAUUUUUUAGAAGAAUUUAAAGAAGAUGGUGAAAUAAAAUAUGUUAAACCAGCUGCCGAUUUGGAGUCACCCGAUCGCUGUACAUUGGAGGUCAGUUUUGACGAUGUUGAAAAGUAUAAUCAAAAUUUGGCCACCACUAUAAUAGAGGAGUACUAUAGAAUCUACCCUUAUCUGUGUCAAUCUGUUUCCAACUACGUCAAAGACCGCAUUGGCUUGAAAACCGAAAAAGAAUGUUAUGUUUCCUUUACCGAGGUACCGACACGUCAUAAGGUACGUGAUUUAACCACCUCGAAGAUAGGUACUUUAAUUCGCAUUUCCGGUCAAGUGGUGCGUACUCAUCCUGUACAUCCCGAACUGGUUUUGGGUGUUUUCAUGUGUUUGGAUUGUCAAACCGAGAUACGUAAUGUUGAGCAACAAUUUAAAUUUACCAAUCCCACCAUUUGUCGUAAUCCCGUUUGUGCCAAUCGUCGUCGUUUUAUGUUGGAUGUGGAAAAGUCGCUCUUUGUUGAUUUCCAAAAGAUUCGCAUUCAAGAAACCCAAUCGGAAUUGCCUAGAGGUUGUAUACCGCGUUCGGUGGAGAUUAUUUUACGUUCAGAAUUGGUUGAAACUGUUCAGGCGGGUGAUCGUUAUGAUUUCACCGGCACUUUAAUAGUGGUGCCCGAUGUGGGUGUUCUUAGUAUGCCGGGCGCUAAAGCAGAUAUGGGUUCACGCCAUAAGCCCGGAGAUGGUCCUGAAGGUCUGACGGGUCUUAAGGCUUUGGGCAUGCGAGAGCUUAACUAUCGUAUGGCCUUUUUGGCCUGCAGUGUACAGGCCACUAAUGUGCGUUUCGGUGGCACCGACUUGCCCAUGUCUGAGGUAACGGCUGAAGAUAUGAAAAAACAAAUGACCGAUGCCGAGUGGAAUAAGGUCUAUGAAAUGUCAAAGGAUCGUAAUUUGUAUAGUAAUUUGAUAACCAGUUUAUUCCCCUCGAUCUAUGGCAAUGAUGAGGUGAAACGCGGUAUAUUAUUGCAGCUGUUUGGUGGCGUAGGAAAGACCACACAUGAGAAAACCACUUUACGUGGUGACAUCAAUGUCUGCAUUGUCGGUGAUCCCAGUACGGCCAAAUCACAAUUCCUCAAACAAGUCGCUGACUUUUCACCACGAGCCGUCUACACUUCCGGUAAAGCCUCUUCGGCAGCUGGUCUUACUGCAGCCGUAGUAAGAGAUGAGGAAAGUUUCGACUUUGUCAUUGAGGCCGGUGCCCUUAUGUUGGCCGAUAAUGGCAUUUGUUGUAUAGAUGAAUUCGAUAAAAUGGAUCCUCGUGAUCAGGUAGCCAUUCACGAAGCUAUGGAACAGCAAACUAUAUCAUUGGCUAAAGCAGGUGUUCGUGCUACUCUUAAUGCUCGUACUUCUAUUUUGGCUGCUGCUAAUCCCAUUAAUGGCCGUUAUGAUCGUUCCAAAAGUCUACAACAGAAUAUUCAGUUAUCCGCACCCAUUAUGUCACGUUUUGAUUUAUUUUUCAUUUUGGUCGAUGAAUGCAAUGAAGUGGUGGAUUAUGCUAUAGCACGUAAAAUUGUCGAUUUACAUUCGAAUAUAGAGGAUAACAUUGAAAGAGCUUAUACUCGAGAAGAGGUUUUACGUUAUAUUACAUUUGCCAAACAAUUUAAACCGAUCAUUAGUCAAGAGGCCUGUAAACUUUUGGUUGAAAACUAUGGUCAUUUGAGGCAACGUGAUACUGGCACUUCGGGACGUAGCACUUGGCGAAUUACCGUACGUCAAUUGGAGUCCAUGAUACGUUUAAGUGAGGCUAUGGCUAAAUUGGAAUGUAUGAAUGAGGUGCAGGAACGUCAUGUUAAGGAGGCAUUCCGUUUGCUUAAUAAAUCCAUUAUAAGAGUAGAACAGCCGGAUAUUCAUUUAGAUGAUGAUGAUAUUGAUGAGGCAUUUACCGGCGAUGUAGAUAUGGAUCAUGGAAAUGGUACUAAUAAUGGCAGUGCCAUGGAUACGGGAGAGGGUGGCGAUGGUGAACUUAAUACUUCGGCCGGCCAGACGACCGGUUUGCAAAAGAAAAAACUUACUUUAUCAUUUGAAGAUUACAAAAAUCUCUCUACCAUGCUGGUUUUGCAUAUGCGCAACGAAGAGGCACGCUGUGAAGCGGAAGCCUCAGAUACGGGCAUGAAACGUAGUGAUGUAGUCACUUGGUAUCUAGAACAAGUGGCCGAUCAAAUUGAGUCGGAAGAUGAGUUAAUAUCACGUAAAAAUUUAAUAGAAAAAGUCAUAGAUCGUUUGAUUUAUCAUGAUCAAGUUAUUAUUCCCCUAAAAACGACCGAAUUGAAACAGCCCGGCAAGAGUCCCAAACGCACAGAGGAGGAUGAGGAAGAAGAUGAUCCUUUGUUGGUGGUACAUCCUAAUUAUAUUAUAGAAUAGUUUUGGCAAAGUUGAAGCAUUAUACUUUAAAUUUUAUAAAGAAAAAAUCUUCAUUCGGUUUCCAUAUACAUUGACUUUGUAGUUUUUAAGUUGGACCCUUGAUUAGAGGGUUAGAGUUACUUUUUUUAUGUUUAUAGAUUGUUAAGCAGGAAAUUAUUUCAAUAUUUUUGCAACAAAAUUUUUUUUAAAUAAAAACACCUAAAAGAAG